UUUCAUUGCUAUUCUAAAAGUAAACGAGUGGCCGUAUUCUAUCGAAGUACACUCCUGAGAUUCAUAGAGAAGGGAGGAUAUUCUUUUACAGAAGAUAUUCUUUUACACAGGAAUAUUGUCACUAAUUUAUCAAGUAGAUUUGGUGGAAAGAGUACAAUUAUUCCAGUUUCGUCCUAUCUCCUUCAACCGCCAUUGUUCAGAAAUUUUCAAGAAAGAGGGUGAGGAGAAGAAGAAAAUGGUAUCAUCCAAUGAAAGCGAUGAAGAACACUCGAUUCAAACGGCAAUGCAUUCCAAGUUGUGGAUUGAGAGUGGGGACGGUAGAACUAGACAAUACUCAUUUGAUUCCAGUGGUGCUCUCACAGUAAAGGUUCUGGAAGAUUCAAGGCCGAUUGUUCAGAGAGCGGUUGACUCAUUUUUGAAUAAAUUUUUCCCUUUGGGUUACCCUAACAGUGUGGGAGAGGGAUACUUGACAUAUUCAAAAUUUCGUGCACUGCAACACUUCUCAAGUGCAGCACUCUCAGUCCUAUCUACUCAGUCCUUACUAUUUGCUGCAGGCUUGCGACCAACUCCGGCACAGGCUACAGUUGUAAGCUGGGUUUUGAAGGAUGGGAUGCAACAUGUGGGGAAACUUAUUUGUAGUAACAUGGGUGCCAGAAUGGAUUCUGAACCAAAGCGGUGGAGGAUCUUGGCUGAUCUCUUAUACGAUAUAGGCACUGGCCUUGAAGUGUUGUCUCCUCUUUGUCCACAAUUUUUUCUUGAGACGGCCGGCCUGGGCAAUUUGGCUAAGGGGAUGGCAGUGGUUGCAGCCAGGGCAACAAGACUGCCUAUAUAUUCUUCUUUUGCUAAAGAAGGCAAUCUGAGUGAUCUUUAUGCAAAAGGGGAGGCUAUAUCUACUCUUUUCAAUGUUGUGGGGCUGGGAGUGGGUAUCCAGUUGGCAUCAACUGCAUGCUCGUCAAUGCAAGGGAAGUUAGUGGCUGCUCCUUUGCUCUCUAUACUACACAUCUACAGUGUGACUAAAGAAAUGCAGGCAGCACCAGUCAACACACUGAAUCCUCAAAGGACAGCAAUGGUUGUAGCUGAUUUUGUCAAGUCUGGAACAGUGUCCAGACCUGCAGAUCUACGCUAUAGAGAGAAUCUGAUUUAUCCUUUACAACCAGUUGAAGAUGCUGGAAGUGUUCAAGUUGGUAGAUCUAUAAUAAAGGUCAUCAAGAAUCCUUCUAAGCUUAAGCAGCUCAAAGAAAAAUUUCAAAGGGAACAUUUUUUGUUAAGUUGCAAUGACACAUUCACAGACUUAUUGCUGGAAAAUACUGCAUCUGGUGAAGAUGCUCUGAGAGGAUGGCUUAUAGCUGCAUAUGCAGCAGAGAUGGCAAAGAGCAAUUAUUCAUGUAAUUCACUAGGAAAAGUGGGAUUUGGGUUGUUGAAAGAAGUGGUGCUGGAUAAAGCUUAUGAACAAAUGGAGGCUGUGUUUCCUUCAUUUAUUAGUGGACUUAAAGAGAGAGGUUGGCAUACUGAUCUUUUCUUGGAUGGAACAGGAAGUCGUUUUGCAUGGUAAAUUAUUUUCAAUCUGCUGUCCUGAUUUUUUCCUCUGCAACGUAAAUUUUCAUUAGUUUUCCUCUCUGACAUACAACACUAAAUGGAACAUAAGAAGAUGGGAGCAGGUAAACUCCACAGUUAAUUUUCUGCCCACUUAAUCACCUUUGGAAGCUUGGUUCAUUAUGAUUUUUUUGUGACAAGGUUUAAGCAACACAUAUCGUUGUAAUGGAUUCAUCAAAGGAUCUAUUAUACUAAUUAGGUUCUCUUCAAAUAA